ACCUGUGGAGCCUUGGCAGGAGAAGAGCAUUUGAGCUUGAAGGUUCUCACGCCGUUUGGAAGAUGUCUGAAAGAUCUCAGAGUCCGGAGUGCCAAAGCAGGCCGUACGACUUCAGCCGGACCAACGCUUGCACCCAGCUUUUGGGUCAAGAUGGUUUGGGCAGCGCUGCGUCAUUCCAUCUUCCUCACAGCGUCCUGCCAGACUCGAGCCUCCUCUACAACAAAACCGCUUACAGUGGCAUCACAGCCGCCUCUGCGCAGACUUUUUUCCCUUUCCCACCCGUUUCCAGUGACUACCGGGGAUCGGACCUGCAGGCUGGAGAGUUUGGGCAGCCCAAGCACUGGUAUCCAUUCGCUGCGCCCGAGUAUACCGGCCAGGUACCCGGCGUAACAGCAGCUACCCAGCCUACAAACCUGAGUCCCCCAAUAGCGGAGACCCGGGAGCAAAUUAAACUGCCCGAAAUAAAGACCGAGAAAGACACUGGCGAUGACUACUCAACGGAGAUAAAGGGUCAACAAUACCCGACACCGCCAACCUCCGCCGCCAUGCCCCAUGGAGUCUUCUACCCUGCGGCCUGGAACCCGUCCUUCUGGCCUGGGAUCGCUCACAUCACCCCGCCCGGUAGCAAUAAUCAAAACCCCUCAACAUCCUCUGCAUCCUCGCCAUCUAUGUCCCCCUCACCCCCCAGCAACGGGCUUCCAGCAAACGCGUUUUUCAGCGUCAACACAACCCAGUCGGCCCCGGACCCCAAACGCAGAACCCGGCCUCCUCCACGCGGAGCAGCGGGUCCUCCAGUGGUGGAUGCAGCGACUCGGAGGAGGAGAACCUUUCCACUGAGGAUGGAACAGUUUGCUAAAGAACUGAAACACAAACGCAUUACUUUGGGUUUCACCCAAGCUGAUGUUGGCCUUGCCCUGGGAAACCUUUAUGGUAAAAUGUUCAGCCAGACGACUAUUUGUCGCUUUGAGGCUCUGCAGCUCAGCUUUAAGAACAUGUGCAAGCUGAAACCCCUUCUUCAGAGAUGGCUGAAUGAAGCAGAGACCUCAGACAAUCCCCAGGACAUGUACAAGAUUGAGCGAGUAUUUGUUGACACCAGAAAGAGGAAGAGGAGGACCAGUCUGGAGGGAGCAGUGCGCUCUGCUCUGGAGUCAUACUUUAUCAAGUGUCCCAAACCUAAUACCCAGGAGAUCACACACAUCUCAGAUGACCUGGGCCUGGAGAGAGACGUGGUCCGUGUUUGGUUCUGCAACCGAAGACAGAAAGGAAAACGUCUCGCUCUGCCCCUGGAUGAGGAGUGCGAUGGCCAGUAUUACGAGCAGAGUCCCUCCCCACUGAACAUGGCCCCUUCCCCCAUUCCCAGUCAGAGCUACCCUGCUUCCAGCUACCCUGGAGCCCCCCCUCCCACACUGUACAUGCCUCCACUUCAUCGGCCCGACGUCCUGAAACAAACCCUUCACCCUGGACUUGUUGGUCACCUGACUGGAUAAAUGUGUUCAAGUAGUCCAGACCAAAUCCAUAGAUCACCUCCAAAUGCCUAUCUGUGCAAGUCCAACUCAAGCUGGAAACAAGCAUCUGAAUCCAAUUGCCUGAUUGGCUGAUGAUUUGGUGGCUCAGGUGACAGAAACAAUUCAAGGCAGGAAGCUCUUCUGUUGACUGUGGCAAUGAGAUGGAUCAUAGUAGCUUCUUGUUCCUAUUCUAAUGCUGAAACUAAACAAAUAGCCAUGGGCCACAUCCUCUAACCACAACCUGAAACUCCAACAUCUACAACUGCUUUGUCUUGGAAAAUUUGAUCUAAAUGGUAAAUGUGCCUUUAUGUUUUGUAUUGGAUUAUUCAUAACUUAUUCCAGAGGCCUCAACCAUUGCAGGUUUAGAGUGAAGUAAGAUUUAGUGCUACAGUCCAGCUGGUGAUGGUGUAAAUAUGAGCAGGGUUAAAAAAAAAAACCAGGGUAUUCCUUCAGUUUAUGCUAGAUCUUGGGUAGGUUUACUGUGGUGCCGUUGAGGAACAAUCUUGGUUAUCAAGGGUAUCAGAAUGCCUUUAAACAGAAUUCAUCUUCGACAGUUGGGUCAAUAUUUGUGCAAUACUUCUGAAAAGAGCAGCUGCAGUAUUUGUCUAAACUGUCAUUGAAAUGGAAAAUGUAAAUUCUGAGUGAGGUGAAUUUUUCCAUUGAUUUUGCACAAAUUUGCUUUUGUAAUGUUGAAUAUUAUCUUCUUUUUUUUUUUUUAAUGUCCUGUUUGUAUACUAAACCCAAAUUUUUGUCCUGCAGUUGAUGACUGUCAUUGACUUCCUGAGCAAAUAUUUUUAGCAGCAACAUGAGAUGGUGAGAUUCAAAGGAAUAUUUUCCGGGAGUGUGACAGAUGUUUUGUACUCAUUGGCUUAGCUGCCAAGUCUGCCAUUUGCACAUUGUCAAUAUUUUUAUUUACUCUUAAUGUCUCAGGUGAAUGGCAAUGGGAUAAAUGUCUGACCUGACUUGAUCAACCAUUGUCAAGUUUACAAACUGUUUUCAAAUACCUCAUUUUGAUCUUAUUGUGAAGGGUUUUUAUGUUAAUGUUGAAUAACAAUACUAAGUCAAGUCUUGAAUGCUCACUGGAGUUGUAUUUUAAGAAGUUACCUUUUACUCCGAUGACCAUAAUCAUAGAAAUGAAGAUGUUAAAUGUCACUUAUUUUCCUUUGCGAUACAUCACAUGUCUCUAAGUGACCAUGAAAUUAUUAGCAAGAUCAAGCAUAAACAUUGGAAUAAUGUUUGGUUGUACUAGAGUUGCCUCAGUAUUAAUGGUAAGCUGAUCUUCCCUUAUAACAUUAGUGACUUGCAUAUUUUCUUAAAGAGUGCAGUCAUGAUUUCAACUCUAGCCAUUAGUUUUUAAUCUAACACAUUUUCUCAACAGAUUGUAAAUGAAUUCUAAUUUAUUGAAAUGUUAGCCACACUUAGAUGUAUUCAUUCAAAACACCUUAACCCUAAAUGUUAUCUCUGCAUAAAGUAAAACUGACCCUUUUUCUUUUGAAACUUUUGUAUAUGCAAACUACUGUAAUUGUCCUUUCCCCAGUAAAUUUUGCAUGUUUCACCAAAGGUAAAUUCUUCUUUGUUGUGCCUCUGUAGUACUCCACCAGGACAAUGUCGAUUUACAACCACUUUUGAUUAAAUUCUACAGCAACCAAGACUGAGGAACUGAAAUGAUAGUUUCUUUGAUCUAAAUGAGUCAUGUCAGAAAACUGAAUCAUUACGCACAGUAAAUGGAACAUACAUCCUGUUUUUUAGUUUUAAAGACAUUGAGGUGUGUGAAAUGAGACAUACUAUUUCUGAGUUUAAUAAUUUUUAUUAUGAAGGGGUGAAAGUCAUGAAAUAAACAGAAAAGGUAUAACUGACCAAACAUGAAAUGUCUAACAUUUUAAAAGACAGAAUGCAGGUAAAAACAUCAAAUAUAGGCUUUUCAAUUGCCAUUUGUCUUUACAGUACAUGUGUUCAAGCCUGGAUGUACAGAGUGGGCCUGUGUCCAUACCAGUGAAAUUUAAAGGAACAGUUCAACAUUUUGGGAAGCACUCUGUGGAAAGCUAAAUCAGUUGGCUGCUGUCAUACUACAUAUCACGCAGCAAGAAUGUAAAUAUGUGUAUUUCUUGUAUUUCUUGUAAUGUUUGACUAACCACAGAGAGGUCAGGUGCUUGGUAUAAAGUGCUAGAGAUUUACAUCACUUGGUCAAUGUUCUUAAUAUGAAGUAGUUAAAGCAUGCUAGUUGUGUUGGUUAUGUGCAGACACAGUGGCUUCAGAAAGUAUUCAGACCAGUUCACUUUUUGCACACUUGUAUGUAUUUGGCUGCAUUCAUUCUUCCCUCAAUUCUGACCCAUGUCCCUGCCACACUCCAACAGCUUGAUCCUGCCAUCACCUUCUUCACCAUAGGGAUGGUAUUAAGCAUCUGAUGUGCUCCUGGGAACAGUCAAAGCUUUAGAGAUGGUUUUAACUUGUACACACAGGUGUCUCCAGUCUAUUCAAUUUUUUUUUUUUUACCACAGGUGGACAUGUUCUAGACAAAAUUUCUAAAUGUUGGAUCAGAUUCUCAGGGAUGUGAUUCAUUAUAUUUUUCCAGUAAAAAUUUUUCUGAUUAUUACUAUUUGUAUUCAUUUUACAGAAAUGCAUUACCAAUCAUAGAAUGAUAUAUAUAUAUAUAUAUAUAUAUAUAUAUAUAUAUAUAUAUA